AUGGGUGCUUAUCAUUUGUUGUUCGCAGCUACACUCUUGUUUGGCUACGCACUUGCUGGUCGUAUACGGAAUGGCAAACGUGAAGCAUACACUUUUCAGUUUACGGCGUCUGUUUAUAAUGUAUCAAUAGAAGAAAACACUCGGGGCAAAGAUGUUUACGCAAUUUCGAAUGAAGCCAUCCGUAUGGGAGUUCCGCUCCCUAAUGAAGGCGCCAUCGUGAAGUUUAAGAUUGUUGAGGGCGAUAAACAGUACUUUAAGGCUGAAUCGAAAACUGUAGGCAAUUUUGCAUUUCUACGAAUUCGACAUCGAAGCGAUGAUAUAAUUAACCGAGAACUUAAGGAGCGCUAUGAAUUUUUGAUCAAAGCAUUUUGUCGGAGAAAAGAUGCAACAAAUCUAGAAACAACUGCUGUAGUGAAUCUAUUGGUAACAGAUCAAAACGAUGCUAGACCGAUCUUCGAGCAAGUGGAAUACCGAGCUCAAGUCAAGCAAGAUAUAAUGCCCUUCAGUACUAUCUUGCAAGUUCAAGCUUCAGAUGCUGACAUUGCCCUCAACAGUCAAAUCUACUAUUCAUUACUAGAACCAUCAAAUGAUUUUAUGAUUGAUCCUAUUUCUGGUGCUAUCCGAAAUUUGAGACCCUUAAAAUCUGGAAUUUAUGAAUUAACGUUACUAGCUGAAGAUCGAGCUUCGAGACUUUUCCACAUGAAAACUCAAACCGACCUCGAGAAUGAUCACUUCAAUCGCAACAGAGCUAAAACGGUAAUAAUAGUAGAUUCAGUGAAAAAAAAUGAAAGCAAAUUGGAUAUUGAAGUGAAGCCUAUAUUAGCCACAUUAUGGAAUGUUACGCAAAUCGUUGCCCUGGUAAAAUUAAAGAAAGCCGCGAGUAAAGACAAGUGGUUUAGCGUAGAUAUUAUUGAUGGAGAGCAUUCAAAUGGUUUUAUAGUGAAAAAAGAUACGGAAAGGAAGGAUGUUUGGUUCAUUGAAACUAUUGCUGGUAUUCCACUGGAAAGCAAUUGCUCUUUGCAAUUGAAAGCGGUCGUUGCUGAUGAUAUUUCGAAUAAUUUAUUCUCUAAUAUUAGCAUUGAGGUGAUUGGUAGACGGAUAGUACAAUUUGAAGAGGUACCAGCAGUUCAUGAACUCAUUGUGAAUGAGUCGGUGCCAUUAGGUUAUGCUAUCACGCAGCUAAAAGCUCACGUCAUCAAUGGUUUCUUUGGAGAUGAUGAACAAAUAAGGUACUCAAUAUCACUUUCAAACAAGAGUUUGCCUUUUCGCAUUGACGAGAAGAGUGGGUAUUUGAGAGUAAUGCAAUGGCUCGAUUAUGAAAAUACUUCGUUUUAUCAGUUCGAAGUUGUUGCUAAGGUGCCUAAGUACGAUCUGAAAGCAAGCAAAAAAGUUGAAAUAAAAAUAGCAGACAGUAAUGACAACUAUCCAAUUUUCGCUGCCAAAUGGGCCCGUGGGGAUGCGAUUGCUCUUCCACGGAAUUUCGCUCUCAAUGAAAGUUUAUUGAAAGCGGAAGCGCUGGAUAUUGACAGUGGCGCAAAUGGUCAAAUUCGAUAUGAAUUGUUUGGGGAUGGCAUUACAGCAAACAGUGCUUUUGCUAUUAAUUCUCAAUCUGGCCAAGUUUUUCUCCAGCAACGACCGCCCGAAAAAGAAUCGCAUUGGAAAUUAAAAAUCAAGGCUUCAGAUAAUGGUUGGCCAUUUCCCAGAAGUAGUGAAGUUAUCAUCAACGUUUAUUUGAAAGAUACAAAAGUGCCCUCAAAAACGAGACCUUCACUCAUUCGUGAGCCCCAGAAUGAACAAGCACCGGUAUUCACAGAACAAAUGUUACUUACAGUGUCUGCCGAUGCUUCACCUGGAAAGGUCAUUGGCAAGAUUAACGCUCAUGAUGCGGAUAUCGGAUAUGCCGGUCUAGUACGAUUUGGUACAAUGGAUAAAUUUUUUGGAUUGAAACCUUUCACUGGAGAACUUUUUGUACUGAUAUCUUUGGUAGAUUUGAUGAAGAUAAAGAAUCAAACAAAAUUAAUAGAAUAUAAAGUUAAUGUAACUGCUUGCGAUUGGGGACAGCCUGUCAAAUGUACAAAUGGAAGUGUAAAAGUAUUAAUCUCUGAAGCUAACUUGCAUGCACCGCGUUUUGAAAAGUCUCACUACCGAGUGCACAUUGCGGAAAAUACUGAAAUUGGAACCAAAAUUUUGGCAUUAUCAGCUCAAGAUAGUGAUAAUGGGGAUAAUGGACGAAUUGGUUAUCGGAUUGUCGAUAUACACAGUUAUUUUGCAAUUGAUGAGCUAAAAGGCAUUUUAGAAGUUAAGAGCAAGCUUGAUCGUGAAGAAAAGCAGUUUCAUAGAUUCACAGUAAUGGCUUUCGAUCACGGAUUACCAAUGCAAGUUGCAUUUGCAAAUAUUACCAUAAUUAUCAGUGAUGUCAAUGACAAUGCACCUUUAUGUGCUCAAUCUGUGCAAAAAGUGAUAAUUCCAGAAGAUUACCCAAAUAAUGCUUUGUUAACGUGUGCAGUAGCGUGGGAUACUGAUGAAGGUCGAAACGCAGAAAUAGUAUACACGUUUGACAGCACAGUUGAUUCCUCUUCUGCAGCUUUGCCUUUUCGGAUACAAGAGGACACAGGGUGUAUUUUCACUAAUAUCAGUGAGCCAUUCGACUUUGAGACGGUCCAGUCGUACAGUUUGUCGGUAGAAGUGAUGGACAAUGGUGAGCCAAUGUUAAGUUCUAUCUGCAAAGUAAUAGUGGAACUAUCAGAUGUGAAUGAAAAUUUAUUUCCGCCUAUGUUUGAUGAUAUUGCCCAGGAGACAACAAUUCACGAAAAUAUGCCAAUAUGGACUGAAGUGCUUGCUCUACACGCCGUUGAUCCGGAUGAUUCAUCAGCACCUGUCAAGUAUUCAAUCAUUGAUGGCGAUGGAAUUGCUUCAUUCACAAUCGAUUCUGAAGGACUUUUACGUACUACAGUGGUUUUGGAUCGUGAAGUAUCUGAUUUUUACUGGUUAACAAUUGAAGCAUCUGAUCUAAAUCCAACUCCUCUUACUUCCGUAUUCCACGUAUAUGUACAAGUUUUGAAUCGCAAUGACCAUGCACCAUUGCCGUCACGACCUAUCUAUUUUGCUAGUGUACCAGAAAAUUCACCGGAGGAUACUGUUUUAAUCAAAGUAGAGGCUGAAGACAAAGAUAACCUUCCUAAUCGCUAUGGUAUUAGAAGUAUGCGUUUCAAGAUAAUUAGCGGUGAUCCCCAGAGCUUUUUUACUAUUGAUGCAAAAACAGGUUAUGUAAUAACUCGUGGAAAGCGACGUUUAGAUCGUGAGACUCAAAAGGAACACACUGUUACGAUAGAGAUUUGCGAUCAGGGUGACCCAGAGCUGUGUACUACCGUACCUAUUGUAAUUACUAUCACUGAUAUAAACGACAAUGCACCAUUUUUUAAGCAAGAAAGUUAUAAUUUCAAUGUACCUGCUGAUCAAUCUGGUGAAUUAUGCAGAAUAUUUGCGAUUGAUUUUGAUGAAGGAGAAAAUGCUCAAUUAUUUUACAACUUUACCGAGGUGAAAUCAGCAUUUUCAAUAGAUUCUGAUGGAAGCAUAGCUGCGUUGGAAUCACUGAAGGAAAACGAAGUCUACGAGUUGAUUGUAAAGGCCAGCGAUAUGGGUAAACCACAGCGGACAUCAUCGCCAGUUUUGAUCACAUUAAAUGCUAUCGGCAGGCAAAAAGAAACAAAUGGAAAGCCAAAGUUACUGAAUGCAAAUGCCUGGAAUCGGUUAUCGAUAUCAGAUGCAGACAGCAUCGGUGAAACAAUUGGACUGAUUGAGGCUGAAGAUCCAAAUGGCGAUCAAUUGUGGUGGAAAAUCAUUAGUGGCAAUCCAAACAAUUUAUUCGCAAUAAGAUGUGAUGCAGGAGAACUAUACUUAGCUAAAAGUAUUGAUUCCAUCAACAAUAACAUCAGUGAGGUUAUUUUGGGAUUCAGCGUAAGCGAUGGUUUUGAUUCUACAGAAGGCGAAGAUAUCGAAGACGACCUGAAUUUAAUGCGCAGCAUUACAAUGUUCAGCUCUGGACAAGUGGUUGUUGCUGAGCCACUCGACAGCGUCAUUACGAAUUCCUUUACAAUAAUUGCUUACGCUCGUUUUAACCAAAUGAGCAAUUAUGCAUUGCUCAGCAUAUCAUUGUAUGAUGAAGUCAAAAAACCACCGAAAUUCGUUCUGUCGGAGUAUUUUACAUCUGUUCCAGCAAGCUCUACAGUUGGAAUGACUGUUAUCACAGUCCAUGCAUAUGAUUUGACUGGCGAUAACGUAGAAUAUUCCAUAAUUGAAGGUAAUGAAGAUGGUUGUUUUAUAAUUGACAAAGAAAGUGGGAAGGUCAGAGUGGCAGCUCCACUGAUAACAUGCAGUCAGGAAGAAAUCACACUGAUUGCACAAGCCGUCAAUCAGCAAAGUGAUGAGUUAUCUGAUCGUUCUAUUAUUCGAAUAAGUAUUAUUGCUGAUGAUUUUGGACGUGUUUCUUUCCCAGAGUCAUCCUUUUCGUUAACUCUCUAUGAAUCAAUGCCACCGAACACCAUCGUUUACACAUUAAGCACAAGCAGCCUUACAAGCAUUCGGUACAGUUUCCGUGACCCUUGUCCCUUACUCGCAUUACACCCGAUCUCGGGUGUCAUUUCGACAAAAGUUCUGACUAAAUCUGCUCCACAAACUUGUAUUGCUGUCGGUCGUAAUUCGCUAGGAGCUGAAGACUCAAUAUUACUAAAAAUUAACGUUAUCAGCAAAAAUAAACACGCACCAUUUUUUAGUAAUACUGUUUAUCAGGGAUAUAUUCAAGAAAAUAUGCCUCCAAAUUCAUCGGUACUUCUCUCGAACGGUCAUCAAUUGCAUGUAAGUGCAGUUGAUCAUGAUAGUGGAAUCAACGGACUUGUUAAUUAUCGUAUUAUUUCACCGAUUGAGCCGUAUUUCGCAGUAGAUUACAUUUCAGGCGCUAUUUUAACGAAAACUGAAAUCGACUUCGAAAAAGUCAAGCAGUGGUCAUUUUACGUGCAGGCAAGUGAUUCCGCGCCAUCGAUGCUAACAUCGCCAGUUCCAGCGUUAGUUCAAGUAACUAUUCAGGACAUUAAUGAUGUAGCACCAACUUUCGCACAAAAUCAUUACAACACUACUCUUCUCUUGCCUACUCUCAGAAACGCAACAGUAUGCCAUAUAACGGCACAAGACAUGGAUUCAGUGGGUAUUUUACGUUAUGCCCUUGUUGCAUCUGAAGAUAGCAAAUUGUUUGGCGUCGAAGAAUUUACUGGACGUAUUUAUACGGAUACUGAUACCGAUGAUUACGUGAAAGAUACAUACACGGUCAACGUAAUUGUAUCCGAUGGCUUGGUCUCAGACUCGACUGUAUUAUUAAUUCAUGUAGAAAAUACUUCACAAGUCGGUAAUACGAUUAAGUUUUUGUCUGCAAGUUAUGAAGCGGUAGUGCAAGAAAAUCUAACUUCAUCCGUACCUAUCCGAUUACUCACUGUCAAGGCUAAAAGUUCAAGUAAUGAUGAACUAUUAUAUAGUUUCUUAAAUCCCAGCAAAUAUUUCACUAUUGGAACGACGUCUGGUGUUAUAUCGUGGACAGGUGCAGUCAUCGAUCGAGAAGAAGUUUCUGUGAUUCAAUUUCUUGUACAAGCACGUCGUUUAAAAGGGGGCAACGAAAAGGCGCAAAGUAUUAUUACAAUUAAAGUUGAAGAUAAAAAUGAUUGUGCUCCACAUUUUAUUGGUGUUCCGUAUGAAGCUUCGAUUUUACGUGAUGUCAAGCCUGGUGAAAAAGUAAUCAACGUGAAAGCUAUCGAUGCUGAUGAAAAAUUCAAUGGAAUUGUCAGAUAUAAAUUGAAAACGAACUCAGAAUAUUUUGAUGUCAACAAGUACGACGGCAGGAUUUUUGUUAAAAAAGUAUUGAAAGAUUUAAAUUUCGAAAAUAUUUCACUUCAAGUUAUUGCAACUGAUCAAGGCAAGCCUUCGCUAUCGUCGCUGGAAUUUGUAAUGAUAGUAAUUGUUGAUCGUGAAGUGCCAAUCUUUGUAAAUCGUUAUCAAGAAGUACAUAUUCUUGAAAAUGCAGCACCAGGCUCACUUGUAUGUAAUGUUCGUGCUGUUAGCAACGCGCCUUCAGGUAGAAUAGGUUAUGUGAUCAAAUCUGGAAACGAUCAAAGUCAUUUCAGAAUUAAUUUUGAAACAGGUGUUCUAAGUGUUCAUAAACCGUUAGAUCGCGAAAAAAUUGCUUACCAUAAUUUGACGAUUGUUGCGUUAGAUGUGACAAAGCCAGUUGCUCGAACUGAAACUUUUGUAAUAAUCAAAGUUGAUGAUAGCAGUGACUCGGCUCCACGGUUCAGCCAAUUUAUCUAUGAAUUAUCAGUUAGCGAAUCAUUACCAAUCGGUUCUCAGCUAUUAAAAGUGCAAGCAACUGAUCCCGACCUGAACGAUAGCUAUAUUGCUUACGGAAUAACCGGAGUUAAUGCUUCAAUGCUUGCUAUCGAUUCGCAAACUGGUAUUAUAUCACUUAUGAAGCCAAUGGAUUACGAGACUAAACGCUUAUUUAAAUUUAAACUUACUGCUUCUGAUGCUAUGCAGUUGACGUCAGAGUCGGAUUUAGUAAUUCAUGUGCUUGAUGCGAAUGACGUGCCACCAAAAUUUAUUUCUGGUACUUUUCGUAGUAUCAUUGAAAGUGAAGCAGUGGCAAAUCACUUCGUCACAAAACUAGACGCCGUUGAUAAAGAUACGAUCUCAAAUGUGGAAAAUGGCAACCGAUUCCGAUUUUCGAUUAUAAGUGGUGACGAGACUUUGUUGCGUAUUAAUCAUUCAAAUGGUAUGAUAACACUUUUGCGCGACAUUGCUGAAGAUGACGUGAAAAUCGGAACAAAGCAUUUUAACAUCUCGGUUAGUGAUGGCAUAUUCACUGAUUUUUGCUUGUUUUCAUUGCAAAUUGUUCAAAGCCGCAACACGCUGAAACCUCCACGUUUUCAACAAGGGAAAUUUACAACGAAUGUACGAGAAAAUGGAGCAAUUGGUAUGACGCUCAUAACUGUUGAAGCGAAAUAUGGUAUGCCACCUUUACGGUAUUCCCUCAAUGGUUGUACUUCAAAUUGUUCAAGUGGAAUUAGCAUUGAUGAAAAUACAGGAAGAAUAUUUACAAGUCGUCAGUUUGAUUACGAGAAAAAACGUUUUCAUCACGUAAUUGUUGUGGUUACUGAUAAUGAUAAUAGACGUGCUUUUGCUGCAUUGACUGUGAAUGUAAUCGAUGAAAAUGAUAAUGCACCCAAAUUCGUGUCUUCAAGUAUCGAAACAUCUGUUUCUGCAAACGCUCAACCUGGAGAAUCCGUAAUUAUGGUGUUUGCAACGGAUGAUGAUGUUGGCGAUGAAUUAGAAUACAGUAUUGUUAUGGGUAGUGACCCUCGUUGGAAGUAUUUUAUGAUCCAUUCAAAGCAAGGUCUAAUUAGUGUGCUAGAACCACUGAAUGAUCUCGUUGGUGAGCGAAUUUCGCUAUUUGUUCGUGUGACAGACAGAGCAAAUCCACCGCAUCAUAAUGAAGCGAAAAUUUUGCUUGAUAUUAUUUCGAAGGAUAAUCUCCCUAAAUUCUCCGCACAUCAUUACCUUUUCUCAGUGCCGGAGAAUAUUGCUGUGGGAAAAACUGUUGGGAGACUUCAACAAGAUUUACAGCAAGAAAUACCGGAUGCUGUCUUUUCGCUGCAUAAACCUGACGACUUACCAGAUUUUCCAUUUUCUGUACAACAAAAUGGUCAAAUUAUUGUUAACAGUGUGUUAAAUUGUGAAGAGAUGCGCGAGGCGCGUUUUUUGGUGAGUUUACACCCCGCAAAUCAGCUAUCUCUGAGUGCGUUAUCAUUAGUAACAAUUAGAAUUUCGGAUGUCAAUGAUAACAAGCCGUAUUUUGCAAGUGAUCAUGAUCACAUCAGCGUCUCAGAAGAUUUGCUUAUUGGUAGCACUAUUACAAUUAUUGGCGCAGUAGAUGAAGAUGUUUUCGGCUUGAAUUCUCGUAUUCAUUACGUUUUGGAGGAGGCAUGUCAAUAUUUAUUAUUAUUAUUGAAUCUUACUAUUUUUGGUAAUAGAAAUGGUACUUUCAAGUUAGACCAGGAAACAGGACGAUUAAGUCUUGAAAAAACACUGGAUCGUGAAAGUAUCCAGCAAUAUGAGUUAGUAAUUAGUUGUCGAGAUGGGAGUGGACUCAGUUCAAAAAUGAAGUUAAUUGUUGCAGUCAAAGAUGUUAAUGAUUCUCCACCAAAAUUUGCUCAGAAUAUUUACUCCAUCCAGCAUCACUUGGAAGAUUUGAAAUUGGAUCAGAAAAUUUUGACGCUCACAGUUUAUGACUCCGAUUUAUAUCCUUUCAACAUCACCAAAUUGUAUAUUAUAAGUGGUAAUGAACACGGUGUUUUUGGUUUAGAAGGAAAUGAUCUUAUAUUUUGCAAAUUUCCAAAGGAUUCUGAUUCUUUUGAAUCGCAUCUUGUGAUACUAGCACAUGAUGGAAAGCAUACUUCAACAGCUGAAAUCAUGGUGAAGUUGUUGUCUAAUACUUCUCAGUUUCAAUGUCAACAAAAGUGUAUAGUCAAAAAUAUCACCGAAGAUUCAGCACGUGGAACUGUAAUCAAAAGUGGGCAAAAAAAUUUGUUACAAUCAAUGCGAUUCUAUCUGACAGGCACUGAAUCAGACCUUUUCGAUGUCAACAAGGAUGGAAGUGUAUUUCUUCGUGGUGAACUGAGUUCACGUACUUCUAACCAAAUUGAAUUAUUACUUCGAGGAGAAACAGAAGAAAGUUUAUGCAUUGAAUGCAUAAUUAUUAAUGUUGAAAGCAAGAAUAUUCCCCAAAUUGCAUUCAAGCAUCAUGUUUUCCGUGGUUUCGUUCAGGAAAACAGUAGUGCUAGCAAAGAGGAAAGACUAUUAGUGAUGAGGGUAGAAGCUGUAGUUGGUAAUCAGGAAGGUAUCGGUCUUGUCAAGUUCAAAUUUAGUGAUGUUUCUGAUAAGUACCUAGAAUUGUUCGAAAUUGAUGAGGAAACUGGCGUUAUAACUGCAAUAGCCACUCUUGAUCGAGAACAACAGAAUCAGUACAACUUGACAGUGAUAGCUUUCACUGCGCCAGAAUCCUAUGAUGCCAAAGCAAGCGUUGUAAUUGACGUGACAGACGUAAAUGACAAUGCUCCCAUAUUUGAACACGCUACCUAUCAUCUUCGAAUCGCAGAAGACGAAGCACCAGGCCGAGAGUUAAUUCAGUUGAAAGCUUACGAUAAAGACGAUAAAGAAGUUGUCAGUUACCACAUACAAAUCUCCGAUGAUCUGCCUCAAUACUUAAGUAUAGAUGCCCAGAAUGGAAGUUUACGGCUAACUUCUGCGCCAGAUUUUGAAAAGUUGGAAAGAUUCGCAAUAACUGUUGUUGCUACAGAUUCUGGAACACCACCUUUAAGCUCAACCUGUGCAAUAGAUGUGGAAGUUUUAGAUGUAAAUGAUAAUCCACCACGAUUUUCGCAACCACUGUAUCAAGCUACUGUACGAGAAAAUGCAGAAGUUGGUACUAAAGUUCUACAGCUUGUGGCCAAUGAUCCUGACAGUGAACAUUUUGGUAGAGUUUCUUACUUUAUCGAUAAUGAUGCAACCGCCUUUACAAUUGCAGAAGAUGGAUGGAUUUCAACGCUAGAAAUGCUUGACCGUGAAGUGAAGAGUAUUCAUCGCUUAACAGUGAAAGCAGUCGAUGGUGGCACCCCAGCCUUGUCUGAUUCCACCGUUGUGAUGAUCGAAGUUGAGGACGAGAAUGAUAAUGCCCCUCAGUUUAAACCUUGUAAUAUGACUGCUGUUGUGCAGGAAAGCGUCGAGCCGGGACAUAUUAUUCUGCCAGUAUCCAUCAUUGAUGAUGAUAUCGAGCCGAACACUAAUCCCUACAAGUUUGAAAUUAAAGGAGACGGUGCUUCGCUAUUUGCUUUUGAUAAUCGUAUCAAUCUUAUCACUACUAAAAGAUUACCUCCACAUGCUAAGAAAGAAGUUUACCACUUAUCAGUCAAAGUUUUUGAUAGUGGUGGUUUAUAUACAGAAUGCCCAUUAAUAUUGUUUGUGAAGGAGGAAAGCCGUCAUUCACCUCAAGCUAAACCCUUAAAAAUUACAUUGAAUACAUUAAUGGGUGAAUUCCUUGGUGGAGUUGUGGGUCAGAUCGUGGCAACUGAUCAAGAUUCAACUGAUUUGCUACGUUAUUCAUUAUCUGAGAUGCCAUUAACCGCCAACUCCUGGUGGAAUCGUCAACAUCAAGCAAUUCCAUUUAGUGUGGAUUUAGAAUCGGGUAAAAUCAUUGGUGAAGCUGAUCUUCUAGCUGGGACUUAUCGUUUUAACGUUUCGGUAACAGAUGGAAAAUACAUCACCAUAGUUCCAGUUACGAUUGAUGUGAUGUCAAUUGAUCAAGAUACACUGGAUCAUUCUGUGAGCAUAUGCAUUCGUAGCCUUGCAGGAGAAAUCUUUUUCAGCAAACAUGUCAAGAAUUUCACAAAUUCAUUGUCUAAAUUCCUCAACGUUCAACCACGAAAUAUACAGAUUCUUUCUGUGCAGUCUAUUGCAAAUCAACGUCGUCUUUAUUUUCGCCAUUCCAACAGCAAAACGAUAUCGGAUCAAGAUUUAGAAAUUUUGUUCACGAUAUCUCGGCCCGAUUCUCGAGGAUAUCAUCGGCCAAAUUUUAUCAAGCAAAGACUUGAAAAUAAUAUUGCUGAACUCAGUUAUGACACUGGCAUUGAGAUCAUAUCGGUGAUUACGGAAGUAUGCAGCCGAGAUAUAUGUGUGCACGGUGAAUGCCGAGAUCGCUUGUAUUUGGAUGAUGGACAAAGUGUAUCUUAUCAAACUGAAUAUCAGUCAUUUACAGCUCCAAGAUAUCUCAGAACAUAUGAGUGUACGUGUCGCGUCGGUUUUGGAGGAAAGCGUUGUGAUGUGCCGAUAGAUAAAUGCAGUCGUGAUCAGUGCACAAAAGAAGAGAUAUGUGUUCCAAUGAGUACAAAUAUUGGAUUUGAAUGCAUUUGUCCGCCGGGUACCGCGGGUGAUCGCUGUGCUACUGCUACUUGUGGAAAAGAUAAGCGCGAAUGCAGUCAAAAUGCGGAAAUUGGCGUUAGAGGGAAUAGUUUUUUCCAGCUUAAUGUAGCAAAUUCGGUAGAGCGCCGCUUGGAGCUGACGAUUAAUUUCAGAACAAUUAGUACCGAUGCGGUGAUCAUGCAUGCAGCUGGAAAUUCUGAUUUCCAUACUAUUGAAAUUGAUAAACGAUUUGUGCAAUAUCGCUGGAACUGCGGUACUGGCCCGGGAUUGAUCAGAAUCAAUCAGCUAAUCGUUAGUGAUGGCAAGUGGCAUACGUUGAAAGUAUCGAGAAGAAGCAGACAUGCAAAGUUGGUACUUGAUGAAAAGUUUGAACGUGAAGGUGAUAGUUCAUCUGGCAGCGAUGUGCUCAAUCUUUAUCAAAUGGCCACAAAGCUUACUUUUGGUGCUAUGGUCUCAUUUCCACUACUAAUGGGUGAUCCAUUCUUGACAGCAAGUGAUCUAAAGCCAAUAGUUACUAAAGGAAUGAUUGGCUGCUUUGGACGGAUACUGGUUGAUGGUUAUGAAGUGCCAAAAACAAAACAAAAUUUGUACCUUUAUAAUACUCAACUGAACUGCAAUGAGAUUGUUAGUGUUGUGUGCGCUGUAAAUCCCUGCGAAAAUGAGGGAACGUGUAUUUCUUCCGAUGAUGGAACGUUCGUAUGUGCUUGUCCUCCACGUUACUCUGGCAUCAACUGCGAGAUCGAUUUAACUCCAUGUCUAUCACGACCAUGUCCUCGGGGCGUGGAAUGCGUCAAUUUACACAACGAUUUCUUCUGCAACUGUCCAUAUGGUUUUACCGGGAAAACUUGCCAACUUAGAGGAGAUUGGGAUCCAUGUUUACCAAAUCCUUGUGGACUUUUUGGUAGCUGCAUUCGAUUACCUCACUCCACUAGUUUUAUUUGCAACUGUUCUCAUGGCUAUUCUGGAUCUGCCUGUAAAGAUCGACUGCCGGAUUUCAUAGGUGAUGGCAAACCGCUGAAUACUAUUAAAAUUAUUGGAUUCUUAAUAGUUCUGCUUCUCAUCAUUAUUAUCGCUGCUCUCAUCGUUUGCAUUUAUUUGCGUGUGAAAAAGAGUAGAAGACCGUCAAAAGUGCGUGAAAUGGAAUAUGAAACGAAUAAUUAUAAUCCACGUGUAUCGAUGUCAUAUGACACCGCAUCUCGUCCUGUAACUGCAGCACCGCCAUUAUUUCCACGAUUGCAUAACAGCAACUAUCAAAAAGGUUUACCGACGGUUCAGGUGCGACCUUUGCCAAUACACGAGCGGAUCAGUAGCUCCUCGAUAGGAGGUGGUAGUCGCUCUCCAUCGUUAACAGGAUCAGGCAGACGUCGUGUACGCCGAAUAGCAGCGCCAAAUUCAAAAAGUGCUGAUUCGGAUCGCUGUGAUGAAAUAGAGCCUCUUGCUGAAAACGAAGUGCUGAAGCGAUCAGUCACGAAGUCAUCCAAUGAUGAAUUACCUGUUUCAAAUCUAAAUUAUCCACUAUCCGCUUCACGAUACAAUGCAAAAAUGAAGCGUUCAAGGAAUACACGUAUAUCUGAUAAGUACUCAGCAAAAGGUGAUUGGCGUGCACAAUGUGAUAAGAGAGUAAAUAUUUCACCAGCUGAACGACGAAGCGUGCAUUUAAAAAGCAUCCCUGACAAUACAGCAUAUGCUGUAAAUGUAUCUUCUACAAAUUUACGAGAUAAUAACACGGAUGAUUACAUAACAAUGCGACCAGUCCAUAGGAGGUUAAUAUCACAUAAUUCUGCUGGCCAAAGCAAGCCACUGCUAGAAACAAGCGAUAGCGAUGGUUACAGCGAUUUCUCAUAUCCCGAUGAGGUUAAACCCUCGCAACAGCACAUUCCACCUCCUCCACCAGCACAUAAUGUCAUCAGUAAGAAAGUGAAGGAGGUUGCGUCAAGUCGUGUUUACGAUGAGCCAUCCUCUGGUUUUUCUGUUAUUAACAAGCGUCCUGCCAAGUAUAUCAAGCGAGCGUUAUCAGCUGCAGAAUUGACGCGUGAAUCUCAGAAACUUGGUGAAUUUGUUAACAUUGACGACAUCGAUGGUUAA